AUGGCGCGGCCGGUCCGCGGAGCGCUCGGGGCCCCGCGCCUCUCGCCUUGUCUUCUCCUCUUCUGGCUGCUGCUGCUGCUGCUUCAGCUGGAGACCGCAUCGGCCACAGCGGGCUCGCGGGCGCCCUGCGCCGCCCCCUGCACUUGCGCUGGGGACUCUCUGGACUGCGGCGGGCGCGGGUUGGCGGCGCUGCCAGGGGACCUGCCCGCCUGGACGCGGAGUCUAAACCUGAGUUACAACAAACUUUCUGAGAUUGAUCCUGCUGGUUUUGAGGACUUGCCGAAUCUACAAGAAGUGUACCUCAAUAACAAUGAGUUGACAGCCAUACCAUCCCUGGGCACUGCCUCGUCUCAUAUCGUCUCUCUCUUUCUGCAACACAACAGGAUUCGCAGCGUGGAGGGGAGUCAGCUGAAGGCUUACCUUUCCUUGCAAGUGUUGGAUCUCAGCGUCAACAACAUCACAGAGAUCCGGAGCACCUGCUUCCCACAUGGACUGCCACUCAAGGAGCUCAACCUGGCAAGCAACCGGAUCAGCACCCUGGAAUCAGGAGCAUUUGAUGGUCUGUCACGGUCACUGCUAACGCUUCGGUUGAGCAAAAACAGGAUCACCCAGCUUCCUGUGAAAGCAUUCAAGUUACCCCUGCUGACACAACUGGACCUCAAUCGAAAUCGGAUUCGGCUGAUCGAGGGCCUGACAUUCCAGGGGCUCGACAGUUUGGAGGUGCUGAGGCUCCAGCGAAACAACAUCAGCAAGCUGACGGACGGUGCCUUCUGGGGGCUGGCCAGGAUGCACGCGCUGCACCUGGAGUACAACAGCCUGGCAGAGGUGAACAGCGGCUCGCUGUACGGCCUCACGGCCCUGCACCAGCUGCACCUCGGCAACAACUCCAUCUCCCGGAUCCACCGAGAUGGCUGGAGCUUCUGCCAGAAGCUGCACGAGCUGAUUCUGUCCUUCAAUAACCUGACCCGGCUGGACGAGGAGAGCCUGGCCGACCUGAGUAGCCUGAGCAUCCUGCGCCUCAGCCACAACUCCAUCAGUCACAUCGCGGAAGGCGCCUUCCGGGGACUCAAGAGCCUGCGUGUCUUGGAUCUGGACCACAAUGAGAUUUCGGGCACAAUCGAGGACACCAGUGGUGCUUUCACAGGGCUGGACAGCCUCAGCAAGCUGACGCUGUUCGGCAACAAGAUCAAGUCCGUGGCCAAGAAAGCGUUCUCGGGGCUGGAAGGCUUGGAGCAUCUUAACCUUGGAGAGAAUGCAAUCAGAUCUGUCCAGUUUGAUGCCUUUGUGAAGAUGAAGAAUCUUAAAGAGCUCCACAUCAGCAGCGACAGCUUCCUGUGUGACUGCCAGCUCAAGUGGCUGCCCCCCUGGCUGCUGGGCAGGACGCUGCAGGGCUUCGUGACGGCCACCUGUGCCCACCCAGAGGCGCUGAAGGGCCGGAGCAUCUUCUCCGUGCCGCCGGAGAGUUUUGUGUGUGAUGACUUGCCAAAGCCCCAGAUCAUCACCCAGCCAGAGACCAUCACAGCUGUGAUGGGCAAGGACGUCCGCUUCACCUGUUCGGCCGCCAGCAGCAGCAGCUCCCCGAUGACAUUCGCCUGGAAGAAGGACAACGAGGCACUGGCCAACGCCGACAUGGAGAACUUCGCCCACGUGCGCGCCCAGGACGGGGAGGUGAUGGAGUAUACCACCGUCCUGCACCUGCGCCGCGUCACCUUCGCGCACGAGGGCCGCUACCAGUGCGUCAUCACCAACCACUUCGGCUCCUCUUACUCGCACAAGGCCAAGCUCACCGUGCACGUGUUCCCUUCGUUCACCAAAAUGCCCCACGACAUCGCCAUCCGGACCGGCACCACGGCCCGCCUUGAAUGUGCCGCCACUGGCCACCCCAACCCCCAGAUCGCCUGGCAGAAGGAUGGGGGCACAGACUUCCCCGCUGCUCGGGAGCGCCGCAUGCACGUCAUGCCCGACGACGACGUGUUUUUCAUCACGGAUGUGAAGAUAGACGACAUGGGGGUUUACAGCUGCACCGCCCAGAACUCGGCUGGCUCCGUUUCAGCCAAUGCCACCCUGACUGUCCUAGAGACCCCGUCCCUGGCGGUGCCGCUGGAGGACCGCGUGGUGUCCGUGGGAGAAACGGUGGCCCUGCAGUGCAAGGCGAGCGGCAGCCCUCCGCCCCGCAUCACCUGGCUCAAGGGGGACCGGCCCCUCAGCCUCACCGAACGCCACCACUUCACCCCCGGCAACCAGCUGCUGGUUGUUCAGAACGUGGUGGUGGAAGACGCGGGCCGCUACACCUGCGAGAUGUCCAACGCCCUGGGCACCGAGCGCGCGCAUAGCCAGCUGAGCGUCCUGCCCACCCCGGGCUGCCGGAAGGACGGCACCACCGUGGGCAUCUUCACCAUCGCCGUGGUGUGCAGCAUCGUGCUCACCUCCCUGGUCUGGGUGUGCAUCAUCUACCAAACCAGGAAGAAGAGCGAGGAGUACAGUGUCACGAACACAGAUGAAACCAUCGUGCCCCCAGACGUCCCGAGCUACCUCUCUUCUCAGGGGACGCUCUCGGACCGACAGGAGGCUGCGGUCAGGACGGAAGGUGGCCACCAGGCCAACGGGCAUCUGGAGAGCAACGGUGUUUGUCCAAGAGACGCCGGCCUCUUUCCCGAGGUGGAAGCUCACGGUGUUAUGUGCAGGCAGCCCAAGUUCUGCGUCGGGUUCACCAAGGAGCCGUGGAAAGUGGUGGAGAAGGCUGAUGGCCCACCUGGUCCCCAGAAGACAAUGGAGCGCAGCGGCCCGAUGGCAUGCGGUGACUGCAGCGCUGACUCGCACGGUUACUCCAAGGAGCCAGCCAGCCACCUUCAGCCCGGGGACAGCAGCCAGCCGGGAACCCCGAGCAGCCAGGAGCCCAGCCCAAGUGAGCACCCACACUCUCCACUGCAUCCGAGCAGGGGGCCCCUCUACCCCAGUAACCACGACAGAAUGCGGGCCGCCUUGAAGAAGCCCGUGGUGCCUCUCGAUGGGAAAGGGGCAUCCUCUUGGACUCUAGCGCGGCUGUGUGAGCCGGACUCCUUAGACCUCCAGCCUUCAUCUGUGUUAACUCCAGGCAAGCCUGAGCUCAUGGACACCGCCUCGGGCGCCCCUGACAGGACAGCCGCCCGGGAGACGGAACACACCACUGCUGUUUGCACCGAAAAGCUAG